AUGGUAGUGACGUCGCAGGCGCCCGGGUUUGCGUCUCCGCGGGUCACGACCGCCACCAACGGGUAUGACCCUCUAAGCGUCAACGGAAGUCGACCGACCGAGCGUGCCGGCGGGUUACGCUUCGCCCAAGAUGCAGAGAAGCGCAAGCCCACGGACAAGGAGGACGAGCUGCCCAAGCCUGUGGAGAUCGUGCCCUGGCGCAUGCGCGAGCGCAUGAAGACAAUGGACGUGGCUCUGGUGCUGUGUCUCAACAUUGGUACAGACCCUCCGGACGUGGAGAAGUCCACGCCCUGCGCACGCAAAGAGUGCUGGGUGGACCCAUUCUCCAUGCCUCCGAAGAAAGCCAUCGAAACGAUCGGCAACACGCUGCAGUCGCAGUACGAACGCUGGCAGCCGCGUGCACGGUACAAGCAGAGCCUGGACCCGACGGUGGAGAAGAUCCGAGAGCUGUGUGUGAACCGACGCAGACUGGCAAAGCACGACCGCGUGCUGUUCCACUACAACGGCCAUGGUGUUCCCCGACCGACGCAGAAUGGAGAGGUGUGGGUGUUCAACAAGAGCUACACGCAGUAUAUCCCGCUGCUGGUGUACGACCUGCAGUCGUGGGUGGGGACGCCAUCGAUCUAUGUGUUUGACUGCUCGGCAGCAGGAGUACUGCUCAGUCAUUUCUCGACCCCUCCGACAACUACAACUCAAUCCCAUGGACGAAAUGCAAGCCCGUCAGCCAAUGAGGCGAUCGUGCUUGCAGCUUGUGCGGCUGACGAACUGCUUCCUAUGAACCCCGAGCUAUGUGCAGACGUGUUUACGUCCUGCUUGACGACGCCAAUUACCGUCGCCUUGCGGUGGUUCAUCUCGCAGAACGAGCUGUCGAUGGCGCAUCUUGACGCCAGUUUUAUUGAGCGAAUCCCGGGAAAGCUCACCGACAGGAAGACCCCACUGGGAGAGCUGAAUUGGAUAUUUACUGCUAUCACGGAUACGAUCGCGUGGAAUAUGUUGCCCCGGGAGUUGUUCCAGAAAUUGUUUCGUCAGGAUUUGCUUGUGGCGUCGCUGUUUCGAAACUUCCUGCUGGCUGAACGAAUUAUGAAGUCUGAAGGUUGCUCUCCGUGCUCGCUCCCGGCAUUGCCACCGACGAAUCACCAUUCUCUGUGGCGCUCUUGGGACUUGGCCGCUGAGGUAUGCUUGAACCAACUAUACAAGUUGUCAAACCCAUACCCCAACGUCGACAUGAGUUUUCAGCCAUCACGAUUUUUCGCCGAGCAACUCACAGCAUUCGAAGUGUGGUUGCAAUUUGGUUCUUCGGAAAAAGCGCCUCCGCAGCAAUUACCUAUGGUACUCCAGGUGCUUCUAAGCCAGGUUCACCGUCUCCGCGCACUCGUGUUGUUGAAAAAGUUUCUUGACUUAGGACCGUGGGCAGUCAAUCUCGCGCUUUCUGUUGGAAUUUUCCCGUAUGUGCUGAAGCUUCUUCAAUCCCCCGCUAGCGAACUUCGUCAAGUGCUUGUCUUUAUUUGGGCAAAAAUCUUGGCGUUGGAUUCAAGCUGCCAGACGGACCUUGUCAAGGACGAUGGCCACUCUUACUUUAUAUCUCAUCUCGCGGCUGGACUUCACAAUGGUGGAGGUAAUCAAAGCGCCUAUAGUGCUACCGGCAGCUUGUUGCCACCGGAACAGAAAGUCAUGGCGGCGUUCAUUAUCUCGGUUAUCUGCAACAAUUAUUUGCCAGGACAAAAGAGCUGUUUACCGCAGUAUUUGCACAAAAUUUGCGUGAAUCUCCUCCAGGACCCGGAUGAAGAAGUGCGCAAAUGGGUUUGUCUGUGCAUGGCUAAGUUAUGGGAGAACUUCGACGAUGCCAAGCGAGUAGCGAUCGAUGACCAGGUGCCGCGUAUGCUUGGUGCGAAGCUUCGCGAUGAACGACCCGAAGUACGAGCUGCCGCGGCUUAUGCGCUUGGUACGCUGGUUGGCUUCCAAUGUGACCCCAAUGUCAGCGGGAAACAGGUUGACUUGAACCGUCUGGAGGAUUUCCUUCGUCAGCGGGCACAUGACGACAUUAUCGUAGCUAUGGAAUUACUACGGGGCUGCCGGGAUGGUUCUCCACUUGUCCGUCGGGAAAGUGUACUCGGCUUAGCAAAUGUAAUUUUGCACAACUAUCACCAGCCGCGAUUCGAAUCUGUAGCGAAGCACAUCAAGAAUCAGCCUGCCAGUGCCCAAACUGCUUCUCCUAGAGAUCAGAGACCCCCAUCAGGCGGCAUGGACUACGAGAAAGGAAAUGGUGCACCAAGUCCGUUGGAACGAGGCAAUGAUUCGAAUUUCCAAUUUGGCGCAGAUGUAUUCAUUGACAAACAGCUACUUGAUGAGAUUGGGGAAGACGCAAAAUUGUACGCUGAAAUCUGGCACGCGCUGAAGGAGAUGCAGUCCAGGGACCCAUUCCCCUACGUUGUUGAUGCGGUCAAAGCAAUCGUGAGUUUCGUGAACGCAAGCAUCUUAGAAUCCGAGCAAGAUCAAUUGCGAGAGAACAGUCAAACAGGAAGUGCGUUGGCUUCUCCCCCGCGUAGUGCAAACCCCGAACACCUGCGCCAUGAAAGAAGUGCAGGCCCGCCAGCGCAGCUUCGCCGAGAAGGAUCAGUGCCGGGAUUGCCGCACUUUCAGGCUCAGCAGGGCGAACCGAGAUUUGCUAGUUCCACCGAAACUGCAAAUGCUCAUGCGUCGGCUAACCCUGAGAGAGGCAACACGGUCAGACAUCCUGAAGCCCACAUGCAAAUGCCGGCGACGACCGGAAUAGGACUGCGCUCAGCUGUGUCAGUGGGCAACUUCCGGCAGUACCAGGAGAAAUUUCAGCAAGGACCUGGCGCCUUAGCUCCUGGGGUUGGAGAUAGCCAUGUGAUGCCACCCGCUGCUCCCGCGAACACAGGAGGUAUGAUUCAAGGCCAGUAUCUUGGGUCCGAUGCUUCCGGAUACAGAAUGACGAACACGGGGGUUCCCGGUGACAGUGGCAUGGGUUAUCCUGUUCAUGUACUCCCUGCCAUGGAAAAAUACGGCCGUCAAGAGGAUUUCCCGCCUUCACUUGUGUCCACAUGCUACGAGCGGCACAAGGCUCACUUCAGCGACCCGAUUUUGGAGCCUCUGCGUGAAGAUGAGGACCCACUAAGUGAGAAGGGGGCUGAGAGAUGGGAGCGUUCUCGACGCUAUAAUCGAAUCCGGGUGGCAGCUCUGAAAUUGGCCCCUGGGUUUGCCUCUCCUCGGAGUUCAGCAAAGUCUCCUGCGAUGCAGAGAUCCGCUUUAGGUCUGCGCGAUGCUAGUCCGCAUAACCCUCCGCUGUAUUCGCCAAUGGAGUACGAUGCUACACGUCGUGCAUCGACUUUGGGCGACCAGGAAGAAGUGAAGGACUUCACCUUAAACCUUCGCCAACGCGCUGUGCUGAAUAAUGAUGCCGAAAUGACGUCAUUGCUCCUGUUUCAUCCAUACGAAACGAUGCUGCUCGUGGCUGACGAAAAGGACCAGAUAUCGCUCUACAACUUUGAGGAAACGGAAACGAAGGUGCUCAGCUUCGGAAACAAGAACCCGCCCGGGUCUCGGUUGACAUCUCUUAACUGGAUAAACGAAACGGAAGAAAGUCUUCUUACCUGCGGAUCCGAUGACGGCGUGAUAAAAAUCUAUCACGGGUUACACAGCCCACAUCCCUCUAUUGGCAGUCCAAAGCUCGUGUCUGCCUUUGUUGCGGUUCCUGACCUUGUGCCAGGAACACGUGGCUCUGGUCUGGUGAUGAACUGGCAGCAACAGGCGGGAGCUAUGUAUGCUGGCGGCAAUUCGAGCAUGCUUCGUGGGUGGGACUUGCGCCAAGAAAAGUGUACGGUAGCCCUCCCGACUCAAACGGACUCUUGCAUCACCAGUAUGGCGAGUGAUGAAAGUCUUCCGGGGAUGGUUGUCGCCGGCUUUGGAGAUGGCACGUUGCGGAUCUUCGACUCGCGAAGCAGACCAGAUUACUCAGUCAAGACGAUCAUGCGGGAACACUCCUCAUGGGUAGUGCAGACCCACAUUUAUGCCGGCCGGAACGAAUUGCUUACGGGGUCCGUAACUGGAGAGCUCAAGUUCUGGGACUUGCGGUAUCCCAAGAACAGCGUCAAGUCUCUGGAAGCGCAUCGAUCACCUAUGACCGCUCUUGCCGUUCACGACUACGCCCCUAUCUUCGCCAGGUGCGUUUUCAACUAUUGCGUCGGUAGUUGUGCCUUGAAACUAACAUAUUUUGUUUGCAGUGGCUCGCACAACCAAUUUAUCAAGGUGUUCCGCAGCGACGGUGAGCAGUUGGCGCUCAUCCGUUAUCACGAAGGAUUCCUGGGCGAACGCAUUGGUCCAGUCUCGUGCUUGGCAUUCCACCCGCAUCGGAUUUUCCUGGCAGCAGGCGCUACUGACUCGGUGGUUGCUGUGUACUCGAGCGACAAAUAA